UACGAUACGUUUUCUAAUUUUUUCCUUAACAAAUAUUAAUAGAGACUGUUUAUUCGGAUGUAAGUUAUUCAUACACAAUGGAAGUGGUCGGUGUUUGCCGCUGCUGCCUUGCCCAGGGCCAAAAUAAAGACUUGCAUUCCAUAUACCAUUGGAUGGACAAAAAAGAAAUCUACGCAGAUAUGUUGCUGGAAUGCUUUAAUAUAGUUCUAACACCCUCAAAUAUAAAACCGGCCGGUAUCUGCGAGGAGUGCAUCAAGAGUCUCCGCAGCUGUGUCAACUUUAAGCAGCAGGUCCUGCAAGCUGACGAGGAGUUCUCUAAGAAGUUGCUGUCGAUGGAAAUUGGGGAGGAGGAUAAAACAAGAGCUAAAAUAAUUGAAGUUAAAGUGGAACCGAAGGAGAGUGACGAUGAUUCAGAUGAUUACUAUUUAGCAGAUGCUGUGCGCAAUUCACCACCAAACAAGGUCAAAAGUGAGAGUGUGUCAGUAAAGAAGAAGACAGAGACGAAACGAGCUAAACUCAAAUCUAGUACCUCAAAGAAGACACCAGCGCCAUCUGAGUCCGCGUGGAAGAAUGAGAAGAUUAAGUCUCUAGUGUCUAGACUUGCUACUUCUAUCAAAUCCUGCGAAAUGCCAGACAUAAAACCAAGAAAGAAGUUGGAAAUUAAAACCAAACAGAGUUUCGAACUCACUAUACCAAUGGAAACUAAAAUCAAUUUACUUUGGACCGGACAACCGCACCACGAUAAGCAAAAACAUAGACAAAACCUUCAAACUAUACUGAAAUACUCGAACGCUACACCAUUUACAAAUAAAACCCUUUUGGGGUACUCCUGUGGGUACUGUGAGCUGUCCUUCCCAGACCCGGCAGAUCUAAGACUACAUACAGACACAGUACACUCAGAAGAACGUCUAGACUUCAAAUCCAACUUUGAUAUGAGAGAAUACAACGUCAAAAUCGACGUCACAAACCUUACUUGUACGGUAUGCCACGAAAAAAUGGAUAACCUGACUGCAUUCAAGGACCAUAUAACAAAGAAUCACGGAAUAGUCAUACAUUCUGAUAUCAAAGAUCAUAUAUUACAGUUCAAACUGAAGAAAGGCGAAGUCUAUGAUUGUGUGAUGUGUUCCUCAACUUAUGAGACGUUUAAAAUGUUAAAACAACAUAUGAAUAAGCAUUAUAGUAAUUACAAUUGCUCAUUGUGUGACGCUACGUUUGCUACAAAGAGAUCUUUGAAUGCUCAUCGGACUACUCACCAAGAAGGCAGCUUUAAAUGCGACCACUGUGAUAAAGUAUUCGCUAGCCGCACUAAGAAGCAUUACCAUGAGAAAAUGAAGCAUUUAGGAGCGAGAAAUAUAUCAAAUUGUCCGUAUUGCAACGUAUCCUUCCGGAGUUACUAUCAACGUAAUCAACAUUUAGUGAAAGUGCAUAACAAUGAAGCUCAGUACAAGUGUAACGUGUGUAGUAAAUCGUAUAUUUUAAAGAGUUUGUUAAUGUAUCAUAUUAAAAAGAGUCAUUUGAUGGAACGGAACUGUCAGUGUACGGAGUGCGGGUACCGUUUCUUCAGUAAGAAGGCAUUAAAAGCUCAUAUGGUGAAGCACACAGGAGAACGGAUAUAUUCUUGUGAAGUCUGUCACAAGUCCUAUGCAAGGAAGUAUACGCUGAGGGAACAUAUGCGGAUACACAACAAUGAUAGAAGGUUCAAGUGCGAGGUAUGUAGCAUGACUUUUGUACAAAAAUGUAGUUUGAAAAGUCAUUUGUUGUCUAAUCAUGGAAUUAGUUUGGCUGCUAGCGAGAUUGUGCAGAAGAGUUAGUUGAAACUGUAAGAUAAGCUAUAAACUCCUGUCUCUAAAUGGGUCCGAGGUCCACAGAGGUCUGUGAACACAGCACUUCUGCCUUCACAGUGCAAUGCCAGGUUUUCCAAGGACGGCCAGUCGGCCACGCUACCUUUUCCCGUAGAGAUUCCAAUCCAAGGCUUGUUUGGGUUCGGAGCGUAUAGUCCACUUAGUUACUGUAAUAAGACAAUUCGGUAUUUGAAGUUGCAUUUGACCACGUCAACAAGAAAGAAUGAACAUCAGUGCAUCAACAGUGACAGUCUGUUGUUGGAUUAUGGUCUUCUCGUUAUGGACAUGAGAAGGUUUUGCCAAAAUUUCUACUUAUGACAGGCAUCUAAGGUUUCAUUCAUCAUGGUGCGUCGGGCAUACGUUGUUCGUUGCUCAUAAAGGCGGUUCUACACAUUGGACCAGCUCGUUGGACCAUUGUGUAAACUACACACUCUCUCUACAUUAUAGAGGCCAACUGGGCGUUAUGUUGUUGACCGACCAACGCUCGCACCAGCCUUGGUCGACCAACCGAAUGUUGUCAGUUUUUCGUGCGCACAUUAAGGGAUCUCAGCGCGCUCCACAAACGGCGUUCACACAUUGGGGUCUCAUUCAAUUUGUUACUCGUUGAUAAAGACGGUGCCGUCACGCCGUCUCGCGUGAAUUGUUCUCGUAUUACAAUGGCGUGGACGAACACUGAGUUUUUACAAUUUAUUGAAAUGUACAUAAAGGAAAUUUACAAUUCACUAUAUUGGCCAAACGAUGGCCUAAUGUGUAGAGCCUCCUUAAUAUGUUUGUGCAAGCGGUGACGCGGCCCGCGGUGGCAUUGUACGACAGACUCAUAGACAUAUACUAAUGGACAUGCCUAGGAGACGAGAAUUGUGGCACUCCGAAAGAAAAAGAGGUAACGACGUUUCGGUCUAUCUUUAUCUCGCUCAAAAUAGUACCGUAGUUAAGACGUUAUGAGCGAGAAAGAGAUAGCGUUAGACCGAAAGCAUAGGCCAUCUCUCUCGCUCUUUUCAAACCAAAAAAUUACUGCUCACGACGCGCCGUAUCUCUGUAAACAAGGCCUUGGUUCAUAAAAUUAAUGACCUAGGUUUACAAACGAUGGUUUUUCCAAGGUGUUUAUGCCUAAAAAGUGUCAAUUAUUAUUUCAACGAAAUACAUUUUUUAUAUGACAAAUUUUGAGCCAGCAAUAUGUAGAUUAGAAGAUUUAUAUUAUUUAUUUAGCUGUCUCUAUGUGUAAAUGGAUAAGCUUCUAAUAUUUUUAACUGUUUUAUUGUGUGUUAUAAAGCCGAAAAUAUACUAUAUGCCUAUUUGGUCAAAGAUUAUGCUAAGUGACGCAAGUUGCUAUCAUCAUCAAGCAGCCGUAGGGAAAAUACAUUGCUGAAUUUCUUAAUUUUUUUUAACGCGAUAGUAAUUUUUAUUGGUCCACUCAGUGACUGAUUAAACCAAGAGAGCGCCCUAGGCAAGCACUUUGUAGGCGCCCUUAAUUGUUUUUGGCACUGCUGCCACUCAAUGAGCAAUCGGGUACUUGCCAACUAGUCAAAUUCAAUACUUUUAUCGAAUUGUCAAAAACGACAGUUUUCUAUGAAUUUUG